GGAUGUGGGAGAUGCACAAGUAUCCUCUUUGCUAUUCCAAUGGAAUGACAAACUUCGAAAUUUAUGUCAUGGAUCAGGCAGUCUUUUAACAAGGUGGUUGAUUGUGGAUCAUGCUUGUAACUUUGUCCGCUUACUUGGAUUGAGUAUUAUUAACAGCAAUUCCUUCCCAGCCCCAGUAUCACUGCAGCUACAGAGUAAAGUUAUCAGGAGGCCCAACGAUAAACUUUUUCCAAAUGCCAUUAUGGCAGUCAACUACCCUUAUGAUAUGGCUUUGGGUGUCAUUGCCGUUGUUGUCUUUAUCAUCUGUGUACUUGUUCGUAGGAAGAAGCCAAGUCCUGCGGAAUCGCAACUAGAUGACACUGAUCCUUCGAUCUGGAAUGAGAAAAACCUGCUCCUUUUGGGAAUUCGCUGUGCCAUUAGACCACAAACUGUGAUUCUAUACAUGGAUACAAUUACUGGGAUUGGCAACUUAGAUCCUGUUCGUGGCCAAAUUCUCACUGGCAAUCCAUCAAGUGUCAUUGCCGUUGUUGUCUUUAUCAUCUGUGUACUUGUUCGUAGGAAGAAGCCAAGUCCUGCCGAAUCGCAACUAGAUGACACUGAUCCUUCGAUCUGGAAUGAGAAAAACCAGCUCCUUUUGGGAAUUCGCUGUGCCAUUAGACCACAAACUGUGAUGCUAUACAUGGAUACAAUUACUGGGAUUGGCAACAUAGAUCCUGUUCGUGGCCAAAUUCUCACUGGCAAUCCAUCAAGGUAA